CCACCACGACCGCACCACCACGGCUCCGGGGGCUUCCUAGGCGGGGCAGUGGACGGGGCCCGUCUCCCCUCACGGCCGCCGGCCUGAUAAAUGAGGGACUUCGGGUUUGGGGCGCCACACACAGUCCCGCUCCGCAGCCACAGCCCCGGGUCUCUUCCCUGCGCCGCGGGGCCCGACACGGCCACCGCCCCGCCGCCCUCCGCCACGCCCUUCGGCCCGCUCUCGCCGCCGCCGUUGCCUGUCACCGGCUUGGCUGAGGCCGCCUCCCCCUUCUCCAUCCCCCUCGGCGGCGGCGCGAGCUGCGCGGCCGCCGCCGCUUCCUCUUCCUCCUCCCCGCUCCUGGCGCAUCCGCAGACCAUGCAGGAUGAGCUGCUGCUGGGGCUGACACAGCAGCCGGCGCGGCCGCUCUCGGGGGCGGCGGCCGCGGAGAAACUCCCCAACCACCACCCCGGCGGCAGCACGAACGCGGGUGUGACCCACCUCCUCCCCUCCCAGGACUUCAAACCGAGUCUGCACCACCCCUCCUCCUCCUCCGCCUCCUCCUGCUGCUGCCGCCGCCGCACCUCCUCCCCGCAGGACUUCAGUAAGCGGCAGCCGCAGCAGCUGAGCAGCCAGAAGAGGAAAGAGUUCAGCCCUCCCCACCGUCCCCACCCUCUGGACUCGAAGCCGCCGCCGCCGCUCCACUGCCCGGGCCGCUUCAGCCCGCCGCCGCCAACGCCGCCAACGCCGCCGCCCGGCCCGCUCCUCCCGCCGGCGCAGCUCGCCCAGCGCCAGCCGCCGCCGUUCAGCCUCCCGCACUCGCAGCGCCUCCCGCCGCAAGACUUGGCCCCGCCGCCGCGGCAGCGCCCAGCCGACCUGCCCCCGCUCCGGCAGCUCCCGCCCUCGCCGCCCGCAGCCCCGCGGCGCCGCCACGGAGGCGCGGGCAGUCCUCGCAGGACCCCGGCCGCGGGCGAGGGCAGCGCCGCCGAGCACCCCAAUGCGGGCUUGGGCCCCUCGACGCCGCCGGUGAACCCCGCGCCGGGCUCCAUGGAGUCUCCCAACCACCCUCUGCUCAACAGCCCCAGUAGCCUCCUGCCCGGCGGGGCGCUCGGCGCGGGCGCCUUCAGCAGCCUGCAGAGCCCGGACCUUCCGCACCCGGGCGGCGGCGGCGGCGGCGGGGGCGGGGGGCCCCCCGGAGGCGGAGGGGGAGGCGGCUCCGCGUCGCCCCCGCCGCCGCUGCCCGGCUUCGGCACCCCCUGGUCCGUGCAGACCGCGUCGCCGCCGCCCCAACCCCAGCAGCCGCCGGCGCCCCAGCCGCCGCCGCCGCCUCCGUCCCAGCCGCCGCCGCCGCCCGGCUCCUCGGCCACCACCCCGGGCGGCGGCGGCGGUAGCGGCGCCGGCGGCGGCUCGCUCAGCGCCAUGCCGCCGUCCAGCCCUGACUCGGAGAACGGCUUCUACCCGGGGCUGCCGUCGUCCAUGAACCCGGCCUUCUUCCCGAGCUUCUCGCCCGUGUCGCCGCACGGCUGUGCGGGGCUCAGCGUGCCGGCGAGUGGCGGUGGUGGCGGUGGCGGCUUUGGCGGCCCCUUUUCGGCGACCGCGGUGCCCCCGCCGCCGCCGCCGCCCGCCAUGAAUUUACCUCCGCCGCCGCCGCCGCCGCCCGCGGCGCCGCAGCAGCCGCAGAGCCGGAGGUCGCCCGUCAGCCCGCAGCUCCAGCAGCAGCACCAGGCGGCCGCCGCCUUCCUGCAGCAGAGGAACUCCUACAACCACCACCAGCCUCUUCUGAAACAAUCUCCUUGGAGCAACCAUCAGAGCAGUGGCUGGGGCACUGGAAGCAUGUCCUGGGGAGCAAUGCAUGGCAGAGAUCACCGUAGAACUGGAAACAUGGGAAUUCCAGGGACUAUGAAUCAGAUAUCUCCUCUGAAGAAACCAUUUUCUGGUAAUGUCAUAGCACCACCGAAAUUUACUCGCUCCACACCAUCACUGACUCCAAAAUCUUGGAUUGAAGAUAAUGUGUUCAGAACAGACAACAAUAGUAAUACACUCUUACCCUUACAGGUAAGAAUGGUAUGUAAAUGGCUUUGCCUCUAAUGUUAAUCUUUCAAAACAGGAAGUUGGGUGGUAGUGGCAGUGAUAGGUAGGUGGU